CGCCGCCGCCAUCGGACAAUGGGCCGCCUGCCCCGGCUGCCGUGAACUUCCCGCCGCGGCCCGGCCACCCUUGCGCCCCGGACGGCGCUCCCGCCCGCGCCGGCCAGGAUCACAGCUUUGGGGGGCGCUGGAGGAAGCAGCGGGGCGACCGAGCGCCCGGGACGUGCCUGCGGCUCCGGGCUCCGCGCCGCCUUCGCUCCGGCCACGUCCGGCCCGCUGCCUCCGAACUCCCCCGGCCCGGCCAGCUUCGCCCCGGCCCCAGUCCUGUGGCUGCUGCUUUGUGGAUUUCUGAGUUUGGUUGCUUAAAGAGGAUGUAAUUUUUCUUUUCUUCUUUGCCUUUUUCUUUUUCCUUUUAUGAUUUGAAAACUAGAAAAGAACUCCGAGGAGCAGGCCGGGGACAGCAAAACGCCGCCAGCAGCCCCCCAGGGAAAGGGAGUUGGAAGCAGACUUGGUCCAGCUGGCCCGGAGGCCUCAACUUCUGCUGGACUCCAGGUUCUGGGGUCAUGACCCUCACACUGGGCAGGUGGAAGUCCUUACCUGUCCACGGCUGGACUUGAGCCCCCACCCUUCGCCAGCAUCUCCCCGCCAACCGCCCCCACACUCUCACCUAGCACCUGGGCUGGGCCCGGACACCUGUCAGCGACAUGGAUAAAUAUGACGACCUGGGCCUGGAGGCCAGUAAAUUCAUCGAGGACCUGAACAUGUAUGAGGCCUCCAAGGAUGGGCUCUUUCGAGUGGACAAGGGCGCAGGCAACAACCCCGAGUUUGAGGAAACACGGAGGGUGUUCGCCACCAAGAUGGCCAAAAUCCACCUCCAGCAGCAGCAACAGCUCCUGCAAGAGGAGACCCUGCCCAGGGGGAGCAGAGGCCCUGUCAACUGUGGGGGCCGCCUAGGCCCACAGGCCCACCGGGAAGCAGGUGUGGGCAGCAAGCUGACCAUGGAUGGUGCUGCCAAGCCCCCUCUUGCUGCCUCAACAGGGGCGCCUGGGGCAGCCACCACCAUCGCCCCUGGGCAGCCCUCGUACCCAGCCCAGGAGCAUAGGGCCAGGCCAUAUGUCCAUGGCUCAAGACACCCCAACCAGGACUGUGGUUCCAGGGAGAGCCCAGCGAGUCCUGAGAUGUCUGCUUUCCACCAGCCAGGCCUCUGCGAGGAUCCUUCCUGCCUCACUCAUGGAGAUUAUUACGACAACCUCUCCUUGCCAAGCCCAAAGUGGGGCGACAAAUCAGGAGUAUCCCCCAGCAUCAGCCUGGGUGUAGGGAGUGGGUGGUCUGGCCCUCCAAGGAGUGACCCACCACUACCCAAACCCUGCAGGGACCAUCAUCUGUACCAGCCGCAGCUCUCCUUGAGCUCCAGCAGGUCUUUUGAGGGUGGCCUCAGUGGUCAGGAUAGUGGCAUUGGUGGCCGCAGCAGUGAGAAGACAGCAGGUCUUUGGUCCACUGCCUCCUCUCAGCGGGUGAGCCCUGGCCUUCCUUCUCCAGGAUUGGAGAAUGGGGCCCCAGCCCUGGGACCCACUCAGCCCAGGACCCCUUCUAUUUCAGCACCCCCGGCCCUGAGCUGCCCCAGUCAAGGAGCUCUUCCAAGAACAAAUUCGGAGCUGGGGAUUGAGAUUUCAGGUGUGAUGUCCAAGCCCACUGUGGACCCUCAACCGUGGUUCCAGGAUGGGCCCAAGUCUUACCUUUCCAGUUCUGCCCCAUCAUCCUCGCCAGCCGGCAUGGAUAGUUCACAGCUGGGUGCAGCCCCCGGGCUGGGUCCUAAGCCUGGUUGUACAGACCUUGGCACUGGUCCCAAGCUUGGCCCCACCAGCCUUGUCCAUCCAGUGAUGUCCACCCCACCUGAGUUAUCUUGUAAAGAGGGUCCCCCAGGCUGGUGCCCUGAUGGUAACCUGGGACCUGUGCUCCUGGAGAGCCCCAGCUCCCCCAGGGUGAGGCUGCCCUGCCAGACCCUUGUUCCAGGUACUGAGCUCAGACCCUCGGCUGCCGAAUUGAAACUAGAAGCCCUCACCCAACGCCUGGAGCGAGAGAUGGAUGCUCACCCAAAGGCCGAUUACUUUGGAGCCUGUGUGAAAUGCAGCAAAGGGGUGUUUGGGGCCGGCCAGGCCUGCCAGGCCAUGGGGAACCUCUACCACGACACGUGCUUCACCUGUGCAGCCUGCAGCCGGAAGCUGAGAGGAAAAGCCUUUUACUUUGUCAACGGCAAAGUGUUCUGUGAGGAAGACUUCCUGUACUCUGGUUUCCAGCAGUCUGCUGACAGGUGUUUUCUUUGUGGACAUCUGAUUAUGGACAUGAUCUUGCAGGCCCUGGGCAAGUCCUACCACCCCGGCUGUUUCCGCUGUGUCAUCUGUAACGAGUGUUUGGAUGGGGUGCCCUUCACCGUGGACUCAGAGAACAAGAUCUACUGUGUCCGAGACUACCACAAGGUGUUGGCCCCCAAGUGUGCGGCCUGUGGGCUUCCCAUCCUUCCACCAGAGGGCUCAGACGAGACCAUCCGUGUGGUGUCCAUGGACAGAGACUACCACGUGGAGUGUUACCACUGCGAGGACUGUGGGCUGGAGCUCAACGAUGAAGACGGUCACCGCUGCUACCCCCUGGAGGACCACCUGUUCUGUCACUCCUGCCAUGUCAAGAGACUGGAGAAAGGCCCCUCAUCCGCAGCCCUUCACCAGCACCACUUCUAGCCGGAGCCACCUGCAGACCUCACGGCAGGGGGAUGAGGAGCCAGGACUGCACCCAUUACUUCCAGCGGCCCCUGGGUGGGAUUGGGGUAGGGGAAGAGGGGGGCAGGUGGCUGAGGUCCCAGGUAUAUGCGUGGAGUGCCUUUCCAUUAACCAGGGAGGUAGACACUACCUGCCUGGUAAGUAUAUCUUCCGAGUGCUUUUUUCCGUUGCCACACCUUCCUCAGUUACUCAGGAAGACGCUCCAGCAUGUAACGUGAGCUCCGGCAUGUGACUUGGGGUCCCGUCAGUGUAACCUAAGGAACUCUCCCCAGAGGGAGAGGUUUGCAUUGAGCUUGUUUCACAGUGUCCCCUGGAGAGACAGCUCAGCUGCCAGUACAUUUAACCCUUUUUCCUCCUUCAAGAAAAUACCUGUCCCCAAACACCCCAGCUUCUUCCACACACACCCACCAUGGCAUGAUUUAAGGCUUCUUUCCACCCCAGAGCUUCAGUUCUUCUGUAGAAUGGCUACAAACGUAAUUGCAUCUUGGAAGAAGGAAGCUCUAACAUGUGCUUUGUAUCCUAAGAAGAAUUUGCUUAGAAAGCCAGAGCCAAGAUUUGAAAGAAGUGAGGCAGGGUUUCCUGCUUAUAUGCUGACAGCGUUCUGUGUGCCCCUGCAAAUCCUCACUCCCGUAAAGGUAGCCAGGGCCCCGACAGAGAUUCGCCCUGUUUGAGUAAAGCAUGCCCUGGGAGAAGAGCUUGGUGCAGGCACCAGGACUCUUUUGCCCACCUAUUUGCGCUGUAUUUUUCUGGAGCUCUCAAGAGUCUGUGACUUUGGAGCUGCACAAGCCAAGUCUCACGAACCCAUGUGGAGACAUCUCUUGUGCCUGUUUUAGAUUAUUUAACGGUGGGCUUUUUCGAAGUCCUGCCCACAUGCUAAGAGAGAGAGCUCCUUAUAAACAAGGAGAGUUUGUGUGUGUGUGAGAUCUUUAAGCCAGCAUGGGAGGGAGUGCCUCGGGAUAAGUUAUUAUAUUCAUUUCAUAGGUUUCUCUCUUGCCCAGUUCUUGGCACAGGUAUUGUGUUUGAAGAAAUCAGUAUAAGGUACACUGCUUUUGUCUGUUUUUUUGUUUUGUUUUUCAGUUGUUUCCCUCCACUUUCAAUCUUCCACACACAAAAAAUACCUCACAGAUAGAGCUUCACCAAAUCACAGAUUAAGGAGGAAUUCAGCUAUCACACUGGACUCAGAUCUCUUCUUUGGUGUGUUACAAAUUGCUGGCUUCACACAGGCCAGACUCCAGCUGGUCUGGGCAGUGUGAUCUUAACUACUGCCUUAUGCAUUUCAGCAUGCUGGCUCCUUGGGGGCAGGGAGGGCUAAGGGAGGCCAGACGCCGGCAAGGUUCCAAGACCACCUCUGCACUGAAGAGGCAACAUUUGCCCUGCAAGUCACACUCCUGAGGCUGGAGGUCAGGACUCCUGGGUAUUUCAAUUAGAAGAAGCUGCAAAAACAAAGAUGGCUGCCAUUUGCUUUCUCAGCUUGUGGGGAGGGCCUCAUGGCCUGGUCACAGGAGGGCGAGGCCAUCUCACCGCUGGGGCCAUGGUGGCUGUCAUGUGCACUCUGCCUCCUCACCUUACACUUGGAGGGAGAGACUGGGUGCCGGGGGCCACAGAGGGUGGUCAGCAGAGCCCAUUGCACGUGUAAACUCAGGCUUUCCGCUAGGCCCUGCUCUACUUCUAAGCCAUGUUUUGACUUAUUUGGUAGUCAUUGCCUGUAAGAAAGAAGCACAGACUUGGCACCAUGGAAUGUCUUUGCCAUUUUUAUGAAAUUCAUUUUUGGAAUCCUUUGGCCAAAUGUCAAUUCAGCCGGGCCAUGCGCCUUCAUUGGUUCCUUUUCACAGGCUGAACCUCCUGAAAACCCGUGAACGCUGGGGCUGGGGAAUUGAACUGAGGUUGGGCCCCUCUCCUCCCCUCCAGUCAUCCAGCUCAGCUUUGGCAAGGCCUGGGGGUAAACACUGGCAGCCAGUAUGUCUUAACCUGUCUCUGCCAACCUAGGAAUGCUGGCCUUGCUGACACACUUUUGCCCUACUUUUAAGUCGGGCAGAGUGAAGAACAUUGCAUUGGAACCAUGGCCAGAAAUAGCAGGGAUUUGUUUGCAAAUUUGGGUAAUUAGUUAAAAAUCUGUGAUUAAUUUUUUUAAAUGAGAUUUUUGAGUGGCCUUGAUUGAGGUGAUUCAGAUAUGUCUGCAAAUAUGGCAUUUUAUAUGUUGAAAAGGAAAAAUAAGGGGGUUUUUCAGACAUCCUAGAAAUCCCAGCAGCAGACUUCUCUGGUUGUCUGUCCCCUGGAGAGGGCGCCAGGUAGGAAUCUCAAAUCAGUUUUGUUUCUCUCCGCCUCAGGCCCUGCCACAAAAGCCAUGUAGAGAUGUUUGCCUACCUGGUAUUUUAAAUGUCCUGUAAAUUAUUAGCCAGAUAGAACUGUAAUGGGGUUGUAUUCAUGGGCACCUAGAAGGAAAACACAAGGACUUGGUCGACUAGGAUGAAUAUGUUUAUUUUAAAAGUUAGAGCAAAUAGCCCUUCCUGAGUUUUCUGGACAAUUCUUGGACUUUUGGUAAAAUAAGUAGGAUAAUAGCCUGAUUCCAGACCCUAAAGCCAGCCUCUGUCCUUCUCCCUUGCCUCAUUUAGGUGGUGGUUGUUAUUCACCAUCUCCUGUUUUGUCUUUUUUUUUUCCUUCCCCCUAGCUUGGGACAUUCAAAAACUGCCUGGGUGGUCUGCGAAAAGCCAGUAACCCAGUUGAUCUGCUAUAGAUAAGGAUUCUUCCUGUCACUCACUCAUGUUACUCCCCCGUCUUUCACUGGUAGAGUGAUUUGUUCAUCUCCUGCCACAGAAGGGCAUCUAGUCCUACCUGGGCCAUUGCCUGCAUAUGCUGCGGGACGGGAGUGCCCAUUUCUCCACGGUUAGUGCUCUGGUGACAGCCCCUUUCAGCUGAGUCCUCUGAGCUCUUGCCAUUGAGUCCUGGGCGGCUAAUGGAAUAAUCAGGGAGUUCUGAUCACCUGCAAGCACCGCCAUUGCCUUGUUUCCUUGGACUUGAGUCACACUUACAAAAUGAAAAACAGAAAUAUUAGGACUUGAGAGAAUUAUUUGGAAUUCACACUCCUUUGCGGUCCUUUAAAGGCUGUUGUGUGCCAUUCCCACGCGUGUGAAAGUGAGGCCGUAACAACUGCCAGCCCCCUCGCAGAGAACGUGCGUGAGACUUGACCACAAACCAUUGUUGCUUGACGCACUUGUUAAAACUGUCUGCCAGGAAACCUGAUUUUUUUCUUGUGCUCUUUGCGUCAAGAAUCAGUUCUAAUUUCCCAGUUACUCUUUGAAGUAACUUUUUAAAGUAACAGAAAAAAAAUGAGUAAGAUAUAUUAGCUAUCUCUUGUUCUGAGCCAAAACUGGACAGAUGUGGGAAAUCUUCAUACCGUAUAUGAAAAUUUCACUGUACAGGGAAAUUUUCCCCUGUAUAUCUUCUUUUACUAUAAAAUUAUUCAAAGUAUUGUAACAAUAAAACUGCAUCAAUUUGUAGACUAUUAAAGUGCCCUCCAACAU